AUGAAUGAAACAUUAAAUACUAAACAUACGUUUUCUUUGUUGCGGGGGACAUGCACACAAUUUUCCACAAUAUUAGGGGGCCAAAACGAUACCAACCUUACAGCUCAGGGGGCAACGUGUGAAAUUCGGUGCCCGCAAAACAUUCUGCACACUGCAAAGCGCGAGUCAAUCGGGGAGCCUCAGAGCCAGAAUUUGAGUUACGAUCCUUCAUCAUUUGCUCGUGAGAGGCGCUUUAGCCGAGGGAAGUUUAAGGAGAGAGCAUCUCGUCGUUCUCCAUUGGAAAUCGAAGGUGCUGGAUUUGCUGGAGAUGAUGCGCCGAGGGCCGUGUUCCCUAGCAUCAUUGGCCGCCCGCGUCACACUGGUGUGAUGGUUGGAAUGGGCCAGAAAGACGCAUAUGUUGGGGACGAGGCCCAGUCCAAGCGUGGUAUCUUGUCUCUGAAGUACCCUAUCGAGCAUGGCAUCGUCAAUAACUGGGAUGACAUGGAGAAGAUUUGGCACCACACGUUCUACAAUGAACUCCGUGUGGCCCCAGAGGAGCACCCAAUCCUUCUCACCGAGGCACCCCUUAACCCGAAGGCAAAUCGGGAGAAGAUGACUCAGAUCAUGUUCGAGACCUUCAAUUCCCCUGCCAUGUAUGUAGCUAUCCAGGCUGUUCUCUCCCUGUACGCCAGUGGUCGUACAACUGGUAUUGUGAUGGACUCGGGUGAUGGUGUGAGCCACACGGUCCCGAUCUACGAGGGCUACUCACUCCCACACGCCAUCCUCCGUCUUGACCUUGCGGGCCGCGACCUCACGGACCAUCUGGCCAAGAUCCUCACCGAGCGCGGCUACUCCUUCACGACCUCUGCCGAGAAGGAAAUCGUGCGCGACAUGAAGGAGAAGCUCGCCUACAUUGCCCUCGACUUCGAGCAGGAGAUGGAGCUCUCCAAGACCAGCUCGUCUGUCGAGAAGAACUUCGAGCUCCCUGACGGCCAGGUCAUCACCAUUGGCAACGAGAGGUUCCGCUGCCCGGAGGUCCUCUUCCAGCCCUCGAUGAUCGGGAUGGAGGCUGCAGGGGUUCACGAGACCACCUACAACUCCAUCAUGAAGUGCGAUGUCGACAUCAGGAAGGAUCUUUAUGGAAACAUCGUUCUCAGUGGUGGCUCGACUAUGUUCUCGGGUAUUGCCGACAGGAUGAGUAAGGAGAUAACUGCACUGGCCCCAAGCAGCAUGAAAAUCAAGGUGGUGGCCCCGCCAGAGAGGAAGUACAGUGUCUGGAUUGGCGGGUCUAUCCUGGCAUCACUCAGUACCUUUCAGCAGGCAUCGAAAGCAGAGUAUGAUGAAUCGGGCCCGUCGAUUGUGCACAGGAAA